UCCCAUUUGCAUCAUCACCAUUAAUCAUUUUUUUCACUUCCUGAACUAGUAAUCAUAUACUCUAGCUAGCACAAUGGCCUCAGAAAAUGCAGAAAAACUUGAGCUUGGUUCAAGUGCUGUUCCUGAUCAGACCAAGCCAAAGAAGGAUUGGAUCCUUUUGUCUCUCAGGGUGGUUGCACUUUUGGCCACUGCAUCUGCCACACUUGUUAUGGCACUCAAUAAACAAUCCAAAAACUUGGUGGUUGCAACCAUUGGUACCAAUCCAAUAACAGCUACAAUCUCUGCAAAGUUUCACCAUACUCCAGCUUUUGUGUUCUUUGUUAUAGCUAAUGGAAUUGCCAGCGUUCAUAACAUGGUGGUCAUAGCGUUGGAUUUUUUAGGACCCCGGUUUGAUAACCAAGGACUUUAUCUUACACUGAUUGCAAUAUUUGACAUGAUGAUUAUGGCUCUUGCAUCAGCCGGGGAUGGUGCAGCAGCAUUCAUGUCAGAAUUGGGAAGGAAUGGUAAUUCACAUGCAAGGUGGGCCAAGAUAUGUGACAAAUUUGGAACCUACUGCAACAGAGGUGGUGGUGCCCUAAUUGCCUCUUUCAUUGGCAUCAUUCUCCUCCUCAUUAUCACAGUGAUGUCCAUCACCAAGCUGCUCAAACUAAAUCGCAUUUAACAACGUAGUAUGUUUGUAUAUGCGUUCAAGUUGGCCAAAAUCACAUUCACUAAAAAUGACACAAGAUACAUGAAUUGGUCAAAAACACAUUCAAACAGUCUUAGAAUGUGAGCUGAGAGAUAUGCAAGCACAUUCAAUUAUCAUGCAUGCAUCUAAUGUUCUAUGUGUAUUUUUUUUUCUUUUGUUCAUCCUGCUUCUGUAUUGGCCAGUUUGAGUGACAGGUUAUGAUGUAUCCAACUUAUGUCAAUUUAUUGCAUGUUUAGAUUUGCUUUGAGUUCA